GCCCCUUCGCCGCCUCCCGCCGGCACCGAGCGGCUCGCGGUGUCGGCACUGCCCGGCUGCCGCCGCCGCCGCCCCGGCCCCGCCCGCGCCGGGACAUGGACUCCGACUCCUGCGCUUCGCCGUUCGCCCCGGAGGACUUCUCCCCCGGCUCCCGGCGGCACCGCACCGUGGAGGACUUCAAUAAGUUCUGCACCUUCGUCUUGGCUUACGCCGGCUACAUCCCGUACCCGCAGGAGGAAACGCCGCUGAGGAACAGCCCCAGCCCUCCCAACAGCACUGGAGGCACGAUUGACAGUGAUAGCUGGGAUCCUCGCUUCAAUGACACCCCCUCCUCUGUCUCCCUGCCCACCAAGAACAGAAAGAACUUUAGUCAGCUUAAGCGGGCAAAACCAUACAGUUCCCUGUUCCAGCGGGCAAAGGCCAGCAACUUCCUGCCAGAGCGAAAGCAAAUCGAUAAGAUUAGGAAGAAGAAAAAGCUGAAAAGGAGGGAAACAGAGGUGUCUGCAGAGGAGGACUAUGAGGAGAAGCUGCUGGAUCUGGAGGCAGAGGACUCUUACGCAGAGACGCCGAUGAGCCCCUCAUCGGAGGGCGAUCCUCAGUCUGUGACUGAGCACUGCUCCGUGUGGGACUCUGACACCCCAUCCAGUGUCUCCUACCCUGCUGUGACGGCCGAGCAGACGGUGGAGAUCCAGAGCGUGGGCAAACGAACGGUCAUUCGGCAGGGCAAGCAGGUGGUCUUUCGGGAUGAGGACGGCACUGGUGAUGACGAGGACAUCAUGGUGGAUUCAGAUGACGACUCAUGGGACCUGGUCACUUGCUUCUGCAUGAAGCCUUUCGCUGGGCGGCCGAUGAUCGAGUGCAACGAGUGCCACACCUGGAUCCACCUCUCCUGCGCCAAAAUCCGCAAGUCCAACGUCCCAGAGAUCUACAUCUGUCAGAAGUGCCGGGACUCCAAGUUUGACAUUCGCCGUUCGAACCGCUCCCGGACGGGCUCGCGCAGGCGCUUUCUGGACUAGUGGGGAGGCACGUGCUGGUGCGCUGCGUGGGUGGGCGAGCUGUGGGUGCCGGCCGGGAGGCCGGGGAGGGCUCCCCUGAACUGCUGCUGCUCAGGCAGGAGGGCUGCCCAGCCGGCCUGUGGCCCAGGAGUGAGGAAUCGCUGAGCCACGGGCAGCCGGAGCUGGGAGCGGCCGACUGGGCAGAACUGUGGUGAGAGACUUGUCUCGAGGGACAGACGAAGCUGAGCUCAGUGGAGUUUUGUCUGGUUACGAUGACUGGGUGAUGUACAAUACCUUUGCCAAGUAGGUUUUCUCAUCCCAUUGGGAAACUGCAAAUCUCUGUGCUAGAAAACUCUUCCUCCUCCCGAAGAGGGAGGGGAGGAGGAGAGAGUCUGUGUGAAAGUCUGAGAAGUAAAUGGCCCUGUGUUUUAAAUUCA